AUCAAUUUUGUGAAGUUAUAUACAUACUGCAGAUAUUUUUUUUAUUUUUUAUGGCUAUAGUUUAAAGAAGUUAAAAAAAUUAAAUGGAAGACCUGCAACAGUGUUACAAUACUGGUUGUGGCUCGAAGUUCAAUGCAAAGGAAAAUAUAGAAGAUGUUUGCCAGUAUCAUCCUGGUGCACCAGUAUUUCAUGAUGCUUACAAGGGCUGGUCCUGCUGUAAAAAGAGGUCCACAGAUUUUACCGAGUUUCUGAACAUUCCAGGAUGUAGCAAGGGGUUACACAACCCUAAUAAGCCAGAAAAAGAAGAGAAGAAAGUUGAAAAGCCUUUAGCUGUUGGCGAGGUCAUAUCUGAUGGAGCACCUAAAAUGAUGAAGUUUAAGGCGCCCAAUGUUGCGACUGAGCGUCCUAGCGAUGAUAUCCCAAAGAUUAAAUUAAAGUCAAAAGUAGCAAGCUCAUUAACCAUGGCUUUAAAGAAACACAAAGAAAAAGAAGAAAAAGAGAAAGAAAAGAUAAAUGGUGAAGAAAGUGACGCAGUUAGAAUUGGUGCACCAUGCAAACAUGGUGGCUGUGAUGCUAAAAACCUAGGCGGUGAUAAUAACUCAAUAGAAUGCACUUAUCAUCCAGGAUAUGCAGUUUUUCAUGAAGGAUAUAAGUUUUGGUCGUGUUGUAACAAAAGAACUUCUGAUUUCAAUGAAUUUUUGAAGCAGGGCGGAUGUGAGAUUGGAAAACACGAAUGGAUGAAGCCAAGUGAGGUCGCGGCAAAGAAAUCAAUGUGUAGAUACGAUUGGCAUCAAACUGGUUCGAAUGUACUAAUAUCAAUUUUUGCUAAAGUGUGCGAUCCGGAAAUAUGCAUUGUCGAAGCAAAUCCAACUAGUGUGCAAGCAACAAUAGCAUUUAACGGUGGAACUGACGUUUUCGAACUUAACCUUAUUUUAAACGGGGUGAUCGAUCCAGAACAAAGCUCGGUUGAAUACCUAGGAACGAAAGCAGAAAUCAAACUAAAAAAGAAAGAAGCAUUUAGCUGGCCCAAACUCGAAUAUCUGAGCUCGGAAUAAUUUUUUGCAGUGCAACAUGCAUGAAGAUUUUCAGACUUUUGCUUAUGGAUUGGUUAGUGGAUAGAAUUGUGGUGAUGAUGUCAUUAUAGUCACGUUUAGAUCGCGAAGAGAAAAUUUAGAUAGUCCUGUAUAUUAUACAUAGAGCUUUAACAAAAAAAAACAGAUGCAAGUUUUGUUAAGUGCAGCCAUAUUUUUUACAAUUCGAAUGUAUUUUAUGUUGAGCAGUUACAGUGCAAGUUAUUAAA